UAAUAUAGCCAUUGAAAAGAUAAGAAGGCCUCUUCGACAUUCGCUGCGGGAGAGUUGUUCGUGCAACAUCAUCAGUGGUAGCCAUGUCGUCCUCGAACGCAUUUGCCGUUACAGAUCCGGCCUUUAGGUCUAUCAAGUCCGAUCACACGGGCUUUUUCAUCUGGAGAAUCGAGCAACUGGAGGUGGUCCCAGUUCCUCGAGACAGUUAUGGAACGUUUUUCAGUGGGGACUCUUACAUUGUGUACACGGCCUUUGAACGAGGGCAAGCUGUUGGCGCAGGAACGAAAGUCAAGUUGUCUCAAGGCUCUAAACUCGAGAAGCACAUUCAUUUCUGGCUUGGGGCUGAGUCCACCCAAGAUGAAGCUACUGUGGCGGCCUUCAAGUCUGUCGAAUUGGACGACCUUCUUGAUGGAACACCCAUUCAACAUCGGGAAGUCCAGGGCCAUGAAUCCGGACGAUUUUUGUCCUACUUCAGAGAAGGAGUCAGGAUCCUUCAAGGGGGAGUGGCCACUGGUCUGAGUCAUGUCGUGGAGGAUACCACGCCCAAAUUGUUUGCUGUCAAAGGCAAGCGGCAGGUUGUGGUUACACAAAAGCCCAAAGUGGAAUGGUCAGAGAUGAACACCGGUGAUUGCUUCUUAUUGAACAUCGAUUCCACCUUCUUCAUUUGGAUGGGACGAGCCUCCAAUCGAUUGGAACGACUUCAAGCCUCGAAGUUGGCACACAAGCUGAAAGAGGAGAAGGGUCAAGGCGAGAUUGUUAUCCUUCAUGACGGGGAUGAGAACAAGUUGGAGAGGGACGAGAAGAGCCUUUUCGAGUCGGUGUUGCCCUUGGAGAAGAAAAAUGAGUUGAAAGACACCUCAGGCGAGGAUUCAGACGACAAGGAGGAACUUCGCCUUCGAACCGAGCUCAAAUUGUACGAAUGCUCUGAUGAUGGGGGCACAUUGAAGAUCACCGAGAUUAAAUCAGGACCCCUGUUGCAAAGUGACUUGAACAGGAACAACACGUUCAUUGUGGACAAUGGCAAUGCUGGAGUUUGGGUGUGGAUUGGCAAGCACGCCAGUAAAACGGAGAGGACCGAGGCCAUGAGGAACGCUCAAGGAUUCAUUCAAAAGAAAGGUUACAAGGCCUACACGCCUGUCUCUCGUGUCGUGGAUCAAGGUGAACCCCAGGAAUUCAAGAGCCUUUUCAAAAGUUGGAAGGAAAGGGAUGCCACCACUGGGUUUGGAAGGACCUACUCAGGGACCCGAGGUGUGGCCAAAGUCGUUCAAACCAAAUUUGAUGCCACCACACUUCAUCAAAGGACAGAUGUGGCCUCUGAAACGCGAAUGGUGGAUGAUGGAACAGGCGUGAAGGAGGUGUUCCGAGUCGACAAUUUUGACCUGGUGCACGUUCAAGAUGGCAUGGCCGGCAAGUUCUACUCGGGAGAUUGCUAUGUGAUUCUCUACGCUUAUACCACUGGAUCAAGCGACAGUUAUCUGAUCUAUUUCUGGCUGGGAUCCCACUCGUCCAUUGAUGAGCAAGGCACAGCCGCAUUGAAAGCCGUCGAAUUGGAUGACCGUUUGGGUGGGAAACCCGUGCAGAUCCGAGUGAUCCAAGGCAAGGAACCACCCCAUUUCUUGGCCAUGUUCAAAGGAACCUUCACCAUUCUUGAGGGCGGGAAAUCUUCGGCCUUUGACGAAAACGGCCAAGAUGUGUCAGUGGGCUCUCAAUACUUGCUUCAAGUCCAUGGACGCAGCGCUUUGACCGCCAAGGCCGUGCAAGUGCCCAUGAAGACUGCCUCAUUGAACACGAACGAUUGCUUUAUCUUGGUGGACGGGAAGGAGGCCUUCUUGUGGAUGGGAAAAGGCUCCACUGGCGACGAACGAGAAGUGGCCAAGAUUAUUGCAGGAAAUGUGAAUGCCGAUCCCGACCUGAUUUACGAGGGACAAGAACGGGACACCUUUUGGAACCUCUUGGGCGGCAAAGGCCCUUAUUUGGACGAGCGAGUGCUGAAAGAUGUUGGGGAACACUAUUCUCCCAGGCUGUUCCAUGGCUCCAAUGCCUCCGGCAACUUCAAAUUGGAGGAGAUUUAUAACUUCAGCCAAGUGGAUCUAGUCAUGGAAGAUGUGAUGCUCUUGGAUGUGGGAGACACGAUUUUCAUCUGGUUGGGUAGCGAUUCGAAUCAUACAGAAAGGCAUCUAUGUCUCAAUAGCGCCAAAGAGUAUUUGGAAAGCGACCCUGUCGGUCGAGACAAGGACAUUCCAAUCGUGAUUGUGAAACAAGGCUACGAGCCUCCUCAUUUCAUCGGAUUCUUUGGAGCUUGGGAUUGCAACAUGUUCUCGGACAUUGAGGAACAAUUGAAGCUCCUGGGGGAGCCUCCAGUUUUUAACAGUCCGAACGGAGUUGGAGGAGGGGGAAGCUAUUCGAUGUCUGCUGGAGGGUAUUAUGACUACGAGACUCUGAAAAAUGCAGAGGGUCUCCCCGAUGGCAUGGACAUGACACAGAAAGAGAAAUAUCUUCGGGACGAGGAUUUCGAGAAGGUGUUCCAGAUGUCCCGAGACAAUUUCGAGAACUUGCCCGGAUGGCGGCAAAUAUCGUUAAAAAAGAGCUUGGGGUUGUUUUAAAGAUUGUUCAAUUGUGCACGAAAUAAUUACUUGUGAUUGAGAGGUAA